AAACCCACAGAAAACCAACAAAAAAAAAAAAAAGAAGAAAAACACACCCAAGUUUUCUUCCCUCCCUCUUAAGGCAUUUGAAAUCCAAAAACAAAAGUAGCUUUCUAAAAUGCAGGUGGACAAGAUAAACAACAGAACCUACCAACCUGAUGAUGACAGUUUAGUGGUGAGGCAAGCUCGGGAAACUCAUACACCGGAAUCUCACUUUCUCAAUGUCAAACCGAUUCUCCAAGUCGCCGAGGACAUUUUGAAUCAGGCUGCUCUUACCAUUAAAAGAAUUCAACAUGGGACAUCUGAACAUACGGAUACAUCUCGUUCAUCGGAUGAAAGGAUCGGUUCAUUUGGUUUCGACAACAUGGUUGAAGCACUGUCUCAUGUUAUACAUAAUAUUUCCUGUGAGCUAUAUUGCAAGUGCUCAGGUGGAGAUCUUCAUCAAACAACUGUGCUGUUAUGCAAGAUGCUUGCAAGCUAUUCAUGGGAAGCAAAAGUGGUGGUAGUACUGGCAGCUUUCGCUGUGAAUUAUGGAGAUGUCUGGCUUGUGGCUCAGAUUUGCACUACAAAUUCACUAGCCAGGUCUAUAGCCAUCCUGAAGCAAGUGCCAGAACUCAUGGAGCAUUUCAAAAAACUGCAACCUCAUUUCGAUGCAAUUGACCAACUUAUCAAGGCCAUCGUGGACUUAACCAAGCUCAUUGUUGAGUUCAGUGAACUGCCAUUAGAGUACCUUUCACUUGAUACACCAUCAAUAUCAGUUGCUAAGGCUCAUAUCCCUGCUGCCUCUUAUUGGACCAUCCGAGCCAUAGUGGCUUGUGCCAAUCAUGUUGCUAAUGUUACAGGCAUGAGAUAUGAGUACUCUGCCACAACCUCAGAGUUAUGGGAACUAUCAGGCUUGACUCAUAAGCUGAUUGAUAUACACGGCCACCUUACAAGUGAACUUGCUAGUUGUCGUCAACAUAUUAGUGAGAUGAAAUACGAUGAAGAAUAUAGAAAUCUGAUACGCAUUUUCGAAAGCAGCCACAUAGACAACUCGAAGGUUAUCAGGGCAUUGCUUGCUCCUAAAGAUGAAACGAAAGUACUAGUGAUUGGUAAUGACAUGGCAAAGACACCAGUGUCAAUCGACGUACUAAGAAGAAAGCAUGUACUACUGAUAAUAUCUGAUCUCAAUCUCUCCCCUGAAGAAAGAAGAGUGCUUGUCACUGUGUAUGAGAUGAGGCAUGACGUUCAAUAUGAAAUGGUCUGGAUCCCUGUUGUGGACAAGCUAACCGGUUGGCAGGAACAAAAUCAACACAAAUUUGCUGAGUUGCAGGCAGUGAUGCCAUGGUACACCGUGAUCACCCCUCUUGUAAUCGAACCGCCGGUGAUCAGGUAUAUCAAAGAGUACUGGAAAUUUGAUAGGAAAACGAUUCUAGUGGCAUUGGAUCCACUAGGAAAAGUAUCCUCCAAAAAUGCAUACCAUAUGGUUUGGAUUUGGGGCAAUUCGGCCUUUCCUUUCAGUGAUGAGAAAGAGCAAGCAAUGUGGAGGGCAGAGAGAUGGAGACUUGAGCUACUCGUUGAUGGAAUUGAACAAGAUAUACUAGACUGGAUAAAAGAAAAUAGAUACAUAUGUGUGUACGGAGGUGAUGAUGCUAACUGGAUCAGGGAUUUCACAAACAAAGCAAAAGCUGUUGCAAAAGCUCUUAGCAUAACCAUAGAACUGGUUUAUGCUGGAAAAAGCAACACUUCCAGGAAGAGGUUGGAGAGAAUCAAUGAAGUUAUUGACAAGGAAAAGCUUAGCCUCUUCUGGCCUGAUUACACGUCUACCUGGUUCUUCUGGACCCGGCUAGAGAGCAUGCGGAUCUCAAAGACUAGACAUGGCAAGACUGUUGAGAACGAUCAGAUUAUGAAGGAAAUCCAGACCAUACUCAGCUAUGAUGGCAGUGACCAAGGAUGGAUGAUACUCUGGAAAGGAGCAACUGAGAUGGCCAGAGCCAAUGGACAGUUGGCUGUUUCGACACUCAAUGAAUUUGAUGCUUGGCAAAAGCAAGCUGCGGAGUUGGGUUUGGUGCCUGCAAUUGAUUCUGAACUGAAAAAACGUCACACCCCAGAACACUGCACUCGCCUGCUCAUUCCAGGGAUCGGUUUGGAUGUCCCCGAUAGGGUGACCUGCGCAGAUUGUGGCCGGGAAAUGGAGAAAUAUGUCAUGUUCCGCUGCUGCACUGAUUAAAAAAAGCUAGCACAAGCAGGAUUUAUGUGUCCGUGCUUGUUUGUUGUGAAUGUUCAUCUGCUAUAUUGCUUUGGUUUUUAAUAUUUGUGUGGUUUUCUUCCAUAAGAGCUAGGCUUGCCACUUAAUACUAAGAUGCCUGAUUACUUAGUUAAUGUCUAGGACUUUGAACACCGUCAUGGGAUUACUGCUGAUCCCUGGACCAUUAUAUGUUUUCUCUAAGAAAGUAGACUACUUUUAAGUUUAUUCGCUGGGUGCAGAAGAUGCAUUUUCUCGGCCCAUCUUUUUUUUUUUUUUUAAUUUUUAUUUUUAUUAGAUUUUCAUCCUCUCCAAAAAACAAAAAAAACAAAAAAAAAAAAAAUGCAUAACAAAACAAAAACAAAAAACAAAAAACAAAAAAGACUGUCAACUUUGUUCACACGGUGCUGCGGUCUUCGGUGGUUUUGUUCCUGAGCCAGAUUUAUUGGGAUGGACUUGUCAGGCUUCUUGGACUGGAAUUGUUGGGUUGGGCUUUAGAGCUUUUCGACUACCAGUAUCAGAUUAAUGGGCUAGAUUUGUUGGGCAUACUGGGCUGGAUUUGUUGGAUUUGGGUUCUGGGCUUUUUCCAUAAAUGUGAUAUUCAAGAAUUUAUUUUAUUUAUUUAUAUUAUUAUAAAGGGAUUUUCAACUA